UGAAGAAGGUUCCAACAAGGCUAAUCAAUGGACGCUAUGGAAGGUCGAAGAUUUCAUCGAAGCACUUGAAGAUAUUGAGGAUAGUAAUACCGAAACUUUCAUUAAACAUAACUCAAUGGUAAAAAGUUAUGGUCCUUAAAGAUGUUUUUUCCGUUGACCCUCCGAGAGGUGUGAUCCAUAUAAUCGUAAAAAUGCCAACGCCAACGCCCGCCACCACUGGCAAAAGAAAAUUGGAUUUGGACGAUGUUAAUGAAGACCAAGACCGAAAAAAAAGCAAAUUAACAGUUCCAGAGAAAAUCCUUACUAGUUCACAAAAAAUCAUGGAGGAUAUAAAGAAACUUCCCGAUGAUCCUAAUGUUUACUCAAAUCCUGAAAAUUUAAUUUCACUACCAUUCCCAUUCAUUGGCGAGAGAAGACCAGUAGAAAGAUUUUCUAUUCGUGAUAAUAAAUUUUUGUAUAUGGGAAGGAAGGCAUUUGACAAAGUUCUAAAGACUAUUAACGAACUUGAAUCUGGGAAUGGUUAUAUGGAUUUUUUCAUUUAUGGCACUAUGGGAUAUGGGAAAUCGUAUAUCCUUGCAACAAUAGUAUGUUUUCUUCUUAAAACUAAAAGGCGUGUAGUAUACCUCCCAGAUUGCCGUGAAUUAGAACAGGAAGAACAGUUAUAUUUUAUUGUAGAUCAGAUGAAUGCUUUAGAUAGUUAUAACGAUACCGGAAUUGAUGAUUUACUUAAGAAAAAAAUCAAAAGUUCCCUCAAUGAAAUGUCCAUAAACCAUUAUUAUAUUAAGAGUUCAUCAGCAAACAAUACAUCAGCAUUGCAUCUUUCAAUAAAACAAGCUAACAAGAAAAAGAUUGAACUUUAUGGAGGAUUUGAUGAGAAUGAAAUGACACAAUGGUGGAAGAAACAUGUUGAUUUGCCAUUGAUGAAUCAGCAACAAAGGGAAGAGACUGAAUAUAUCACCGGCUGAAAUCCACUCUUUCUGAGCUAUCUCCUAAGUUCCAAGGGAUCUUUUAAAGAUGCUUAAAUAUACUAUUAAUAGAGAAGAUACAAAAGCUAAUGGUGAUAUUUUCAGA